UAGCUGGCGUGUCUCAAGUCUCGAAUAGCAUUUACCUGCUGUAUUUGAUUCGCACAAAACGUUGGUUAGAAUUGCGAAACAUGUAAUUUGCCAUAAAGUACGUUUUUGUCGUGUUAAAAAUGUCUGAGGCGGUAACUUUAGGACAACGGGGACUUUUGAACAUUGGUCCGGUGAAGAAAGUGCACGCUAACAAGGAGAACGACGUUCCGGUUCUGAGUCUUAUACAGUUUUCGAACCCGCCUUAUGUGGCUUUUGGCACUGUGAAGUUGGGCACCUCGAAAUCGGCUGUGUUGCAACUUGAGAACCCCAUAGAGGAUGUCGAAGCGGAGGUUAUCGUCGAAAAGAUCCCCUCGAGUAAAGGCUUUUCUGUGGAUCACAAUACCUUCACGAUCCAGCCUGAAAGCUCAUUCAGUUUGAAGAUAAGUUGGACUCCUACAGAAGAAGGUGGGAUCAGGGAGCUCAUCACCUUCAUUGCCAAUGGGAUCCUCAAACACCAAGCUGUUCUGCUGGGGAGAGCAGAAGCACCCAAAAAGAAAAAGAAAAGCUUAUGGGAUUCAAUCAAAAACAAGAGAGAGAUGGAAAAAACACAAACGUCAGCGAGAACGGUGUGUCCGCGGAAAAUGGCGGCAAACAAAACCUUCCAAGUAUCCCGGAGGCCUCAGUACAAGCGGGAAAAGCCCCGCAGCCCGCUUGCUUUGCUCAACGAGGGAAAAACUGUCAGAGAGACGUCCCUCGCGAAGGAAAACCCACUUCACUAUCGCUGCGUGAAAUUAGCGGAACAGAAGGCAUCAAAGCCGGGCAAUCAGUCCCUGGUGUUGUCAGAUCAGGGCAACAUUCCUCCUCUACAGAAGAACUCACCCGUCGUCCUGCUUGUCCCGACUGCAAAGAUCGUCCACUCAGGCAGCAUGACCGCGAGUCCCGACAACGUGGCAGAAAAUCCUAAAAACAAGGAACUCUCUAAUGUAUUCAACAGGACUCUGUCACCGAUCGGAACACCAGAGAUGUUUAAGAAGCUGAUGCCUUGUGUUGGGUCAGGCAGCCCGCCUCCUGUGACUGUGAAUUCUGCUCAUGCUGAUGAAGUGCUAACUGGAUCUCCUCUUCCCUCUUUGAAAGAUGCCUUGGCUCUGAUAGACUCUGAUCUCAGGCACCUGGACACCAGUCCAAGAAAUGCAAGUUCUAGUUGUGAGUUUUCAGAUUCUUUGGAAUCCAAGAGUGGGAAUCGUGGCUGCGGAACUGAUGCAAAUCCUCUGGAAGCGCUGGCGGGUAGCCCGGACCUGCCCCAGCCUUCUGAGCCCAGACUCACGUUUUUCGUCAGCAAAAAGGUUGUUUCAGAGGAAGAGAAAGUUGUAGAGAAGGCAAAGAUUGCAUUUACAUCUGCCACUGUGACUAAAGGCAAAGUACCUGUGGAGGUCAGCAGUCCAGGGGGAAGGAAAAUAAAAAGGUCGCGCCGACGACUCCUGGAGAAAACGCUUGAGCUCUCUGACAGCAGCAGCCAGAGUGACAGUGGUCCAGGCACUCCGAGCCUACCUGUCAUAGAUACCGAGAUGAUAACCACACCGAGGGAAGCUGGACAUAAAGUCCCAGAGUCUAUUUCCUCCUGCUCCAGUCCAAGACUUCACGCCGCACCUGCACCCAAGACCUUCCCUAUGUCCUCCCCUGCAGAAACAGCUCCUUCUCGCAUCUCCUUCUCAGCCACAUCCUCACCUGUAGCCGUCCCUGCUCCGACCAUGUUCACCAUCAUCUCUCCACCCUCUGUGAGCUCAUUGUCCCCUCUGUCCAACAUGUCCCCGGCCUUUUCUGCUAAGGAAGACUUGUUCCUCGUUCAACUGGCGGUGAAAAGCAAGAAGAGGAAGAGUGAGGAGUACUCGAAAGCCGAUUCGAAGACCCAAGACUCUGGGAAACAGGAGCGGGUAAAGAGGAGCAGGGUUGUGUUUGGGAAAAUGGAGCCUCCACCUUCAGUCCAGAGCAGGAGGACUGCAUCUCAGCAGCAGAGAGCCACAGGCUUCACCCAACCUUCGACCGCUCCAUCUUUGAGGACGGCGAGGAGUACAGCUGGUGUCCGGACUAAACGACCAAGCUCCAGAGUCGCCACACAAAGUACUUCGUCUCUGAAGACAUCAGGUUCUCAGUCUGUGAAGAUCUCAAAAGUAGUUGCCGUAGCUCAGUCAAAGCUAACCUUCAUCAAGCCUGCACAAACAGCUUUACCGAGACACCCAAUGCCGUUCGCAGCCAAGAACAUGUUCUAUGAUGAGAGGUGGAUCGAGAAGCAGGAGAGAGGAUUCACCUGGUGGCUCAACUACGUCCUCACCCCCGACGACUUCAAGGUCAACACUGAAGUGGCUAAAGUGAGUGCUGUCUCACUCGCUAUGGGCAGCGACGAUAAAUUCAGUGUUCCCAAAGCUCCCACCAAGGAGGAGAUGUCCUUCAGCACCUACACAGCCAAACGGAAGCUCAACCGCCUCCGUCGGUCCGCCUGCCAGCUGUUCACCUCUGAGGCCAUGGUCAAAGCCAUUCAGAGGCUAGAACUGGAGGUGGAGGCCCGGCGGCUGCUUGUCCGCAAAGACCGCCACCUCUGGAAGGACAUAGGUGAACGUAAAAAAGUCCUGAACUGGCUGCUGUCGUACAAUCCGCUGUGGUUACGAAUCGGCCUGGAGACCAUUUUCGGGGAGCUGAUCUCGCUCGAGAGCAACAGCGACGCCUUGGGUCUGGCCAUGUUCGUCCUCCAGCGGCUGCUCUGGAACCCAGACAUCGCUGUGGAGUUCAGACACGCACGGGUGCCUCACCUUUACAAAGAUGGCCACGAGGAGGCGCUGUCCCGCUUCACACUGAAGAAGCUGCUCCUGCUCGUCUGUUUCCUGGACAAAGCCAAAGAAUCUCGUCUGAUCGAGCACGACCCUUGUCUGUUCUGCAUCGAUGCCGAGUUCAAGGCGAGUAAGGACCUGCUGCUGGCCUUCUCUAGAGACUUCCUGAGCGGAGAGGGGAUUCUUCCCCGACAUCUGGGCUACCUCGGGUUACCGGUCUCACAUGUGCAGACGCCCCUUGACGAGUUCAACUUCGGCGUGAAAAAUUUGGCGGUUGACUUGAAAUGCGGCAUUCGUUUAGUGCGUGUGAUGGAGCUGCUUGUUCAGGACUGGAGUUUAUCAGCAAAGCUCCGUCUGCCGGCCAUCAGCCGCCUUCAGAAGGUGCACAAUGUGGACGUUGCUCUGCAAGUUCUCAAAAGCAAAGGGAUCGACCUCAAGGAUGAAAGUGGGUCCAUCAUUGACUCAAGAGAUAUUGUGGAUGGGCACCGAGAAAAAACCCUCAGCCUCCUGUGGAAAAUCAUCUUUGCAUUUCAAGUUGAGGUAAUCCUAGACGGGGAUCAGCUCAGGGAGGAGAUCGGCUUCCUGAAGAGGACUCUGAGGACCAAACGGAAACUGGCCCUCGUGAGGGCCGACAAGGGCGGUCAGCCGAGUCCUGCGAAGAGCAGGGUGCCGUUUGAACACGGGAGCACAAAGAUUACUCUGCUGAUGGACUGGGUCCGCACAGUGUGUGACUUCUACAAUCUGAAGGUGGAGAACUUCACCGUGUCGUUCUCUGAUGGUCGCGUUCUCUGCUUCCUACUUCACCACUACCACCCCGGUCUCCUACCGGAAGCCUCCAUCAGUCACAGCACCACCCAGACCGUGGAGUGCUCCCCGAGGGGCCGCCUGGAGCUAAACUGCUCAGCUAGCGACACAGACGGCUCCUUUGGUUCAGAACCAACGGAGCUGGAUGGCCAGGAUUCUCCAUCUCUGAGGUUUAAAGAGCUACUGGAAAAUGAGAAGAAUAACUUCAAACUGGUCAACAGUGCAGUGGCUUUCCUGGGCGGAGUACCGGCCAUGAUCAACCCGGCUGACAUGUCCAACACCAUCCCCAACGAGAAGGUUGUGAUGUCUUACCUGUCUUUUCUUUGCGCUCGCCUCUUGGACCUGCGGAUCGAAACCAGAGCAGCUCGGCUCAUACAGGCUGCAUGGAGGAAACACAAACUAAAGAAAGAUCUGCUGCUCUAUGAGGAGCGAAACAAGGCGGCCAUGAAAAUCCAGGUUGUGGUGAGACGUUUCCUCAUGAGACGUAGAGCUGAGAGGCAGAACCAAGCCGCCACCAUCAUCCAGUCCGUCUGGAGAGGUUAUUUAGCUCGGAACCGGCUGAGGAUGCAAAAAGAGGCUCAGCUUCGGGCUUUGCAGCAUAAAGCAGCGACUGUCAUCCAGGCUCACUGGAGAAUGUUUUCCACCUUGAGGGCUUAUCAGCGCCUCCAGUAUUACACCAUUGUUGUUCAAGCUCAGUGGCGCAUGAAAAGGGCAGCGGCUGCUUAUGCAAAGAUCUGCUGGGCAGCCACACUCCUUCAGAGGUACGCCCGAGCUUGGGCCCUCUGCAGAAGAUACCGAGAACAAUAUCUCCUCAUUCGGAAAGCCGCUGUGAAGCUUCAGAGAUCGUACAGGAGAUGGAAAGAUCAGAAAACACAGAAGGAAAACUGUGCAGCCAGAGUGAUCCAAGCUGCUUUUAGGAGAUGGUAUGAAGACAAAAUGGCUCAACGAUCUGCUGCUGCUGUAAAGAUUCAGGCUUGGUACAGAAUGCAGAUGUGGUCCCACCAGUACAAGAAGAUCAGGAGAAGCACCGUGCUUGUUCAAGCUCGCCUCAGAGGACACGCACAGAGGCGCCGCUUUCAAAUGUUAAAGCUGCAGAACCGCUCUGCUACUGUCAUCCAGGGUGACUUCAGAGGAUAUGUUGUCAGAAAACGGUUUGUGAAGAUGAGAUGCGCCGCAGUGACAAUCCAGCGCAGGUUUCGGGCCUCUGUGAAAAGAGACUUUGACAGAGAAAACUUUGUGAGGAUGAGAUGUGCAGCUGUGUCCAUACAGAUAGCCUACCGUGGAAAAGUGGUCCGAGAGUUGCUGAAAAGGCAGCGCAGGGCAGCAACGGUGAUCCAAACAGCGUUUAGAAAACAUGCUGUUCAAAAGAAUUAUCGUCUCCUGAGAAAAGCUGCAGUGGUCAUACAACAGAGGUACAGGGCUACAGUUUUAGCUCAAAAGACACAGAAGGACUAUGAAGCUUUGAGGAGUGCUGCACUCAUUAUCCAAGCUACCUGGAGAGGCAGAGCUGAGAGGAAUAGAAUAAAAACCCAGCAUCACUGUGCCACUCUGAUACAAGCUCACUAUCGUCGACAUAAAGCACAGAUAGAGUACAGAUCCAUGAAGGCAGCCGCUUUGGUCAUACAACAUCACUAUAAGGCUUUUUUGACUGGAAACAAGAUAAGGAAAGAAUAUCUACAGAAGAAAAUGGCAUGCAUUACUCUCCAAGCUGCAUUCAAAGGCAUGAGUGUUCGGACAGAGCAGAGGAAAAAACACCAGGCUGCAACAGUCAUUCAGUCGGUGGUUAGGAUGUUCCUAUGCAAGAAACGAUAUAUUCUCCUUCAUAGUGCAGCGAUCAUCAUCCAGAGCAGGUACAGAGCCAUUCUCCUCUGCAGCGCACAACAAAGUCAGUUCAGAAAGCUGAGGCAGGCCAGCGUGAAGAUACAAGCUGCCUUCAGAGGAUUCACAGUGAGGAACGACCUAAAGAAGAGGCAGGCAUCUGCAACAGCAAUCCAAGCUCGGUUCAGGAUGCACAGGGUUCGUGUGGCUUACCUGGCCACUAAGUGCGCAGCCAUGAUUAUUCAGGAUCGCUACAGGGCCAACAGGCUCAGGAAUCAGCAGAUGAAGAGGUACCGAACAAUGAGACGUGCAGCUGUGGUCAUCCAGGCAGCAUACCACGGGUACAGAGCCAGGAAGAAGAUUGCAGAGUUGCACCAAGCCGCUAAAAUCAUUCAGAGGAAGUUCUUGACAGUCAGAGCCAGAAAGCGGUUUCUAGCUAUCAAGGCAGCAGCUUUGGCAUGUCAGCAGAGGUACAGAGCAACAGUCCUGGCAAAUAAAAUCCAUCUGGACUACCAGUCAAAGCUCAGGGCAGCUGUUUGCCUACAGGCCGCCUACAGAGGGUAUGCAACUAGAAAGCACCUGCAUGUUAAGCAAAUGGCAGCUGUAACCAUUCAGUCUCACUUCAGGAUGUACCAGCAGAGAAGCCGCUACAAAAGUCUGAUCUGGGCUUGUAGAGUAUUACAAGAGCGCUUCAGAGCUGUUAAACUAAUGAGAGCGGAGGUAUGGCUGCUGAGCGCUAAGAAAAGUGCUGCUGUUGUCUUACAGGCCGCCUUCCGUGGGAUGAAAUCCAGGCGAACCGUAAAACAACGAAAUGAGUCUGCCAGGGUCAUCCAGAGAGCUUUUAGGACCUACUGUGAACAUAAGCGCUACCAUUGCUUAAAAGCUUACACCGUAAAAGUCCAGCGCAGAUAUCGGGCUAUUGCUGCAGCUAAGCAGCAAAGAAAGCUGUAUGAACAAAUCAGAAGGUCUGCAAUCCUUAUUCAAGCUGCUUGCAAAGGGCAAAAAGUCAGAAAAGAGGUUGGUCAUUGGCACCAGGCUGCAGCUGUGAUCCAGUCUUCAUUCAGAAAGCACAGAGAACAAGUCAAGUUCCAGGCAAUGCGUCUGUCUGCCAUCAUCAUCCAGAGGCGCUACAGGGCUCUUCUUCUCCAGAGGCGAGAGAGGAAAAACUUCCUGCAAAGGAGACGUUCUGCUGUAGUUCUCCAGGCGGUGUUCAGAGGAGCUUAUGUGAGAAAACGGAUUGCAGAGAUGCAUAAGGCUGCUACCGUUAUUCAGGCUAGCUUCAGACGGCACAAACAAAACAGGGCCUUCCAGCGACAACGUUGGGCAGCUUCUGUCUUACAGCAGAGGUUUAGAGCACACAGGCAGAAACUGCUUCAGGUGAAACAUUACCAGGAGCUUCAAAAAGCAGCAAUCACUGUACAGGCUGCAUAUCGAGGCAUGAAAUCCAGACAAUUUGUCAACCAGUGGCAUGAGGCUGCCACAGUUAUUCAAAGAGCUUACAGGGCCCACUGUGGACGCAGGACGUAUCUUACCUUAAAAUCCAAUGUCCUGAUCAUCCAGAGAAAAUACCGAGCCACAGUGGCAGCAAAGAUGCAAACUCAGAGAUACCAAACCAUACGCACUGCUGCGGUCCUUCUCCAGGCGGCGUACCGAAGACACAAGGCAAGAAAGGAAAUCUCUCGUCUGAAUCGGUCGGCGACUGUGGUCCAGUCUGCAUUCAGAAGACACAGAGAACAAGUCAAAUUCCAGGCAAUGCGGCUGUCGGCCAUCAUCAUCCAGAGACGCUAUCGGGCUCUUCUUCUUCAAAAGCGACACAGAGAAAGCUACCUGAGAAUGAGACAUUCUGCCGUCGUCCUGCAGGCAGCAUUCAGGGGCCAUAAGGCAAGGACAGAAAUUUCUCAUUGGCAUCAGGCCGCGACUGUGGUCCAGUCUGCAUUCAGAAAGCACAGAGAACAAGUCAAAUUCCAGGCAAUGCGGCUGUCGGCCAUCAUCAUCCAGAGACGCUAUCGGGCUCUUCUUCUCCAACAACAGGACAGGGAAAACUUCCUUAAAAUGAAACGAGCUGUUCUCACUCUUCAAACUGCUUUCAGAGGUCACCGUGUCCGGACUGAAAUAGCAAAGAUGCACAAAGCAGCUGCUGUCAUCCAGUCAAACUACAGAAGACAUAGACAGCAUCUGGCCUUUAAGAGGCAAUGCUGGGCUGCGCGCGUCCUGCAGCAGAGGUUUAGAGCCCACAGGCAGAAACGAGUGGAUGUAAAAUAUUUCAAACAGGUUAGAAAAGCUGUCGUCCUUCUACAAGCCGCAUAUCGAGGAAUGAAAUGUAGACAAAUUUUAAGGCAAAAGCAGGGGGCGGCAAGAGUGAUGCAGAGACUGUACAGGGCCCAUUGUGGACGCAAGCAAUUUGUGACUUUAAAGAGCUCUGUUGUUAAUGUUCAACGCAGAUAUCGAGCUGUUGUUGCAUCGAGAAAACAAAGAAAACAAUAUGAACAAAUCAGAAGGGCGGCGAUUGGUCUUCAGGCAGCAUUCAGGGGAGGGCAAGUCAGAAAAGAGGUUGCUCAUUGGCAUCAAGCUGCAACUGUGAUUCAGUCUGUGUUCAGAAAGCACAGAGAGAGAGUUAAGUUUCAGGCUCUGCAUCUGGCUGCCAUCAUCAUCCAGAGGCGCUAUCGGGCUCUUCUUCUUCAACGGCGAGACAGAGAGUAUUUCCUUAAUAUGAGACGUUCUGCCGUCGUCCUGCAGGCAGCUUUCAGAGGUCUUCAUGCCAGGACUGAGAUUGCACAGAUGCACGGAGCUGCUACUGUCAUUCAGGCAAACUUCAGGAGACACAAACGACAGUUGGCCUUCAGGCAGCAGCGCUGGGCAGCGUGUGUCAUACAGCAGAGAUUUAGAGCCGAGAAACAUAAAACGCUUCAGGUAAAGUGUUACCAAGAGGUUAGAGGAGCCGCCAUCGUUCUACAGGCUGCAUAUCGAGGAAUGAGGUCCAGACAGAAUAUAAGACGAAUGCAUCAGGCUGCAAGCGUAAUCCAAAGAGCUUACCGGGCCAUGUGUGAACGCCAGCAGUAUCUCACCUUCAAGUCCUCCGUCGUCCUGGUUCAGCGCCAAUAUCGGGCCGUUGUGGCAGGAAAGCAACAAAGAAAACAAUAUGAACAAAUCAGAAGGGCAUCGAUUGGUCUUCAGGCAGCAUUCAGGGGACGGCAAGUCAGAAAAGAGGUUGCUCAUUGGCAUCAAGCUGCAACUGUGAUUCAGUCUGUGUUCAGAAAGCACAGAGAGAGAGUUAAGUUUCAGGCUCUGCAUCUGGCUGCCAUCAUCAUCCAGAGGCGCUAUCGGGCUCUUCUUCUUCAACGGCGAGACAGAGAGUAUUUCCUUAAUAUGAGACGUUCUGCCGUCGUCCUGCAGGCAGCUUUCAGAGGUCUUCAUGCCAGGACUGAAAUUGCACAGAUGCACGGAGCUGCUACUGUCAUUCAGGCAAACUUCAGGAGACACAAACAGCAAAUGUUCUUUAAGAGACAACGCUGGGCAGCUUGUGUGUUUCAACGCAGGUUUAGAGCCCAGAAAUGUAGAGACCUUGAGGCAAAGCGUUAUCAAGAGGUUAGAAAAGCUGCCAUCACCUUACAGGCUGCAUAUCGAGGAAUGAAAUCCAGAAAAAUGAUCCGAAAAAGGUACAAGGCUGCAGGCAUCAUCCAGAGAGCUUUCAGGGUCCACCAUGAACGGCAGCAGUACUUGAAACUGAAGUCAUCCACUCUCAAGAUUCAGCAAAAAUAUCGAGCCACUAGAGAAGCCAAAGCAGGCAGGACCAGAUACACUCUAAUGAAGAAGGCUGCCAUCAUCCUUCAGAGAUGCUGCAGAGCCUGGAGAGCAAGACGUCAGGCCCUGGAGGAUGCCCAGGCAGAGCGGAGACUCCGUUUUACGGCUGCAGUUUUCCAUCACCUAUGUGCCAUAAAGAUCCAACGAGCCCUGAGAGCGCACUGGGCUUUGGAAUCAGCAAAGAGACAGGUCCAUUCUGUCGUUACCGUACAGCGAUGGGUUAGAGCGAGGCUGCAGAGGAGACGAUAUCUGGAGGACAGGAUGAAGGUGGUGGUGGCUCAGAGAGCCGUCAGGCGUUGGCUGGCGCUCCGCCACAAAGCUGCCUCCAUCAUCCAGCAGGCGGCCCAGAAAUUCCUCCUCAUCAGACGCCAGAAGAUAGUUCAACGAGGCUUUGUCAAAGCUCAGGCUCUGUGGAGAGGACACCGCUCCCGCAUGCUGAACGACGAUCCUAAGCUUGUGAAGUUGAGGCAUCGCUUGCUCAAAGUCUCUGCUGAAGUACAAGAGGAAGAUAAACUGUGCAACAAGACGUCUUCUGCGUUGGAGUAUCUCCUCCGAUACAAACACUUCUCCUAUAUCCUGGAAGCCUUGAAAAACCUUGAGACCGCUACUAGGCUGUCACCAGAGUGCUGUGAGCGGCUGGUGGACAGAGGAGCCACCAACACCAUCUUCACGCUGAUACGCAGCUGCAACAGGAGCGGACCCUGCAUGGAGGUCAUCACCUUCUCCAUCCAGAUCCUCCUCAACCUCUCAAAGUACCACAUGACCAUAGAGGCGGUGUAUUCGGUGGAAAAUUCCCUGGAAAUCCUGCUGGAUUUACUGCAAAAAUACCGGGAGAAGGCUGGGGAUAAGGUGGCCGAAAAGGGUGGGAGCAUAUUCACCAAAGCCUGCUUCCUCCUCGCUCUGCUGCUGCAGGACAAGCGUCGCGCUGAGGAGGUGGUUAAGCUCCCUAGGGCUUUGGACAGGAUCCGCAGUAUCUACCGGCUCACUGCUCGCAAACACAAGAUGGACGAAGAAAGAACCAUAAUCAGGCAGAAAAUAAACGCUUCAAUUAACGGCAGCUUCUUUGUUCCGGCGACGCCUCGGAAAUCUCGGCCAAUACCAAAGUUUGCACCAGAUUGGGUUCUCAGGAAGGACAAACUAAAAGACAUUGUGGAUCCUCUCAGGGCAAUUCAGAUGGUGGCAGAAACUCUGUCCAUUGUAUUGUAGAUAGAAAUCCUUUUAACAUUUUGUAUGCAUCUAUUUUUUUUUGUUUUUACAGAAAAGACCAUAUUUGUUUUUUUUAAAUCAAAUUGUUUGUAAAUAGUGAAGUACAUUUUUAUAUUAAAGUGUGUUGGGAACCAUCAUUCCUGUACAUAUGGUUGCAUACAUAACGAACAACAAAAUCUGAGAGCCUGUGACGAUGCAUCCAAAACUUGUUUCCUUACAUGGCUGAAAGAAAACAGAUUCAGCUCUGAAAGUGUGUUUUAUGCUCAUGUGAUUGAUGGAUUUGUAAAGUGUAUGUUCGAAAUGUAUCAGAAAAUAAUUAGGAAGCCUGGAGAACUUCAGUGAUUCAAGCUCGUCUGCUGUGGGCCAGCAUGUUACAAACUAACCUUAGUCCUGCACAAUAGACCUUCUACCCAUUUGGCAUCCAGUGUCUCUGGGGGUUUUCCUAAUAAAAAGUGCAGCAAAAACACAUUCUAAGAUGGGAAUAAAAAGCUAUAGAUUAAUAAAGCAAAGCUAAAAGGAGCCAAAUCUCACAUUUAAAUUAUUUAGUAACAGAAGAAAAACCACUUACUUUCAAAAGAUGACACAAUUGGAUCAAGGACACAAAUAAUCCAAAGCACUUCAAACUAAAAAAGAACCUAAUUUGUUCCUGAGCUGACUAGAUCUUGACAGGUUCCUGAAACUCUCUAUUUCACAAUGAAUCCAUUUAUUACAAAAUCAGAAAAAAAACCUAAAAGCAGCGAGUAACUGAGUCCCUCAGGAGGUAGAAUAGCUCGAUUAUUCAGGGGUUUAUAUGCAAGAAGAAUUUUAAAUGCCUCACUAAUUAUUGGAUUCACCAGGCUUUAUGGAUAAAUACAAAUAAUUAUGAACAAACUGGAAAAAUGCAACAAAUUGGGGUCUUGUAUCAAAACAAAGGAAUCAGAAGAAACAUUUAGUGGGGCAGAUACUCUUUCAGCACUUUAGCUGCAUCUGGUCAGGUAGGUCCAGUGUGGCCCAACAAAGGGACCGCCUGGUACCUUAAACAACAGCCAGAAGGGGGAAGGAAAUAGUAAUUGUGCUUUAUGCAUAGUGGAGAUAAAAUUUAUUUGCAAAACUGCCUCUACUGUUUUACUCUGCAGUACAGUGAGUAACUUCAGGUGAGCAUUUAAUUAAAAUAUGAUUCAUGAGUUCCUUUUUGUCUCAUUAAAAAUUUAAAUAACGAUGGAAAUAGAUCACCUGAAGUAACAUAUUUGUAUUUAUGUGCUGCUUAUAGUGACAAAUCCAAAACUAAAGUUCCCUCUAAAUGUCCAUCAGCUGUUGUUCUUCCGCCCCCUAGUGGAUGACUAAUUCAUCAAUUGUCCUGUAAUUUUUCUUAGUAAAAGUUGUUUGGCAGCAGAAUAUUUAGAUUUUGAGGUUACUUCGGACCAGAAAUCCUGCAAAUAAAUAUUAUUCAUUUACAGGAGCUAAUGCUGCUCUACAUUCUGCAACAAGGUUCUCUGCACUUUUCCAUGUAAUUAAUCUUGAACCACAAACAACACUGAGCAUGCUCAGACUGACUUUCAGCAGGACUCCAGCAUGCUUAGGUCAGUGCAUUGGGAGAUGUGCAUUUUUCACGUCUCACAAUUGAUGCAAACCUGGCUUUAAAUAUGAGACAAAAUGUAUCUAAGGCUUUUCUUUUCUUUUUUUACAUGGAAUGUAGGAAAACAAGAAAUCAAAACAUUUUACAGCAAAACUGCUUCGAUAAAAAUGUUUUUGGUUUCGUUAUGAAUUCCUUUAUUUCCUGUAAUUUUUUUUGUUCUAAUUGUGAGUAUAUUUAUGAUUAUUCUGUUUUUCCAUGUUUCUGAUCGAUGUGUUUUGCUUUGUUGUGUUUUCCUAGUUCUUUUAUUUAGGCCUCUGGUUCAAGAAGCUUUGCUUUUCAGAUUUAAUCUGACAAAAAAAAAACAUGUUUUUUUUACUGGAGUUACAAGAAAGACACUUUUAAAGCAGAACUUUAUUUGCAAUAAAACUUUUUAAUGGC